CAAAAAUAAACAUUUGAAAAAUUAAAAAAAAAAGAAGAAGAAACUUCCUGCCUGCCUAUCUUGAGGCCAGGUUGGAAAGCGAGCACAGAGACUGUCUUCUAGUUUCAGAAGCGUCUCAGCCCCCGCUAGGCCUGGGAGAGUCAGGGCUCGGUCUCUCCUGUCCUCACUUCCCACCUACAGUAACUUUAUUCGUCUGGACUAAGUUAAUGCAGGUGUUGAUCCUUAGAUAUGUAUUUUGGAUUUCUUCCUUUCUAGUCUUAAAAUUAGGCCCCAUUUCCUAAAUUACUUUAAUAACUUACUGUUCCUCUCCAUUCCUGUGGAUAUUGGACCCUUCGGAAACUGUACCCUUGCCUUAAAACUAAAAGGGCCAAUUCUUCCACCAGUUUCAACGGGAAUUGGAGCAAGAAUAACCAUUUACAGAGUAUCCUCUGCAUGAAAGGGCCCUGUAGAUAGUUUGCAAAGGUGGGUUCAUCUAAUCCUAAACACAGCCCUGCAAGAGGUGCGUUAUGAGGCCUGUGUUAAGAUAAAGAAACAAACUCAGAGGUAGUGAGUAUCUUGCCCAGCAAACAGCAAGCCGGACCCCGGUUUGUUCCCUGUAGUCGGUAUCUGUGCUCUGGACACAGUGAAGCCACGGGACUCCCCUUGCCUUCCAGGCUAUUCGCGGUUCCCUUUCUGCCCUAAUCAAUAAACACAGGCCGAGUGCCCCAGUGCCUUUGCUUCCCCUGAUCCCCCCUGAUCCCGGGGAGUUAAGUGUGCUCAUUUCCCUCUUAUCUGUCCUUCAAAGCCCAGUUUAAAUGUUCUCUCUUAAAGAGAGAUUUCACUUACUCUAUUCUCUGGUCUUAUCAGUCUGCAAUUGUGUUGUAUUUGCCUAUAAUAGUAUAUUGAGUAAUGACUGUUCUCAUUUAUACUCGUAUGCUCCCUCCCACUAGCUGGAGAGUUGAGGACAGGGCUGGGAGGGUGGGGGGGUCAUCACCUCCGGGAGUCCCUCCAGAAUCACUGUGCGCGGCUCAGCGCUGCCCUCUGGUAGACUCUCGCAUGUCAGACUCCCAAACGUAUCUUCCCUAUAAGCUUCACAAGAGAUGUUAACUCUGACUUUCUGUUGCUUAUGUCCCUACAGCGGAAGAAUUGAAGGGCUGGGAUCCGGUGACCGGCCCUGCCGGGGCCAGGCGGCAGCUCCCCGACUCAGCAUGCCGAAACACAAGGGUCACUCAUCGAAACAAGAUAACUUAGCGGUCACUGCAGUUGCUUUACAAGAUCACAUUUUGCAUGACCUUCAACUUCGAGAUCUUUCAAUAGCAGGUCAUUCUAAGACAAAGGUACAACAGAGAGACACCAGAUCCAAAUCUCUAAAAACAAAUACAAAAGCAGUAAUAGAUACCGGACUCAAAACAGCAGCACAAGGCCCGAAAGUGGAAGAUCUGGAAAAAGAAUAUGUUCUUGAUCCCAAACCACCACCAUUAACUUUAGCUCAGAAGCUGGGCCUGUUUGAACCUCCCCCAUUGCCACUGUCAUCAGGUGAAUGGGAAAAAGUGAAACAAAGAUCCGUCAUGCAAGGGGACUCUAUGCAGCCAUGCCCAAUAUGCAGAGAAGACUUUGAACUUCGCCCCCAGGUGCUGCUGUCGUGUUCCCACGUGUUUCACCGGGCGUGCCUCCAGGCUUUCGAAAAAUUCACAAAUAAAAAAACCUGCCCGCUCUGUAGAAAGAACCAGUACCAAACCAGAGUGAUUCACGACGGAGCCCGGCUCUUCAGAAUCAAGUGUGCGACAAGGAUCCAGGCCUGCUGGAGGGGACACGUGGUUAGAAAGUGGUACCGGGAGCUGAGGAGAACCGUGCCUCCCACCGAUGCCAAGCUGCGGAGAAAGUUCUUUGAAGGGAAGUUCACAGAAAUCAGCCACCGCAUACUGUGCUCCUACCACACGGACAUAGACGAGCUAUUUUCGGAAAUCGACCACUGCCUGGCCGAAAACCGAAGUGUCCUCCGGCAGCUGGAGGCCAGGUGUGGCCGCGAGCUCACAGAAGGAGACUGGGAGAAGAUCCAGAUGCAGGCUCUGCACCGGGAGGCGCGGGAGUGCCCCAUCUGCCUCGCCCCGCUGCCCACCCUCGGCCGCCGUCGCCAGGAUGCCGUGGAGACGCCCCCCGGCCCGCCCUCCCGGGAGACGGUCCUCCUGUCCUGCUCACACGUGUUUCACCACACGUGUCUCCUCGCCCUGGAGGAGCUCUCCCUGGGGGACAGCUGUCUUUUCCAUGCCUGUCCCCUCUGCCGCUCUUGUUAUCAAAAGAAAAUUCUAGAAUGUUGAAUUCGGAAGAAAAACUGUCAUUCCUGGGGGGGUGGGGGGUCACGUUUACCUUAAUUUCGUAGAAACUGUAUGAGUUUGGAGUUAAGUGCUAUGGUGUAAUCUGUUCUCUGAUGAAAUAUGUUCUCAGUAGUUGUAGGGGGGGAACCCUAAAUAUACCCAGUUUUAGUCUUUAGUCUAUAAAAAUUUCAAAUUGAUGAGCUUAAUCAGUUGAAAGAAGUAAGGAAUGGAUGGAGUCAAGUUUCAGAGGUUGUGUAAGUUAGCCGAUGAGUGGGGAUUGCUCCUAACAGCGAAAUCUCUCCCUUCCCUCCAGGGUCUCUCCCUUCCCUUCCCUCCAGGGUCACCUGAUUAGCUGGCCCAUCUCCCCGAGUCGCGGAGGCCCCAGGGGUGGGGGGCCCAGGCGACACCGCACAGCUGCUGUCCGCCCCGCAGGCUGGGAACCCAAGAACACGCCUUACAUUCUCGGCCGCCCCUUGCCCUUCCCAGUUCUCGCUUUGUAGGAACUGCUUUAUUUCCGUGUGACAAGUCACUGCUGUACUUCGCUGCACACGUGUAAACCCAAAGUACAAAAAUAAACUAUUCCGGGCGUUCAACUUCA